GUUAGCGUUAGAGGGGUGGAUCGGAAAGCCUUGACAGGCACUCCGCGCUCGCGAAUUCGUCCAGCCUAUCCCACAUAAGCAAGUUGACCAACGCGGGAUAAGGAGGAAUUCGUCUACUUGGCAACGCGUUGGCGGCGGCAUAGCGGUGAGAUGCGACCAAUAAGAAAGCCAACGUAUGAGGUAAUUCGGGCUAUAUCUACUAUUGCUGCCAACUUGCUCUUCGGACAUAAAAGGCGUUCGAGCCAGCAGAGGGAGCACCAGUAAAAAAAAACUCCCGGGUCAACUCAACCGUAAUUACAGUUCCAGUCCACACAGACAUCAUGAGCGCACCGCAAGAUCCUGAUCAAGACUUUUCUAUCUCGAUAGAAGAGAUACCAGAAAGACUGGACGAGCAGCAUGACAUCACCACCAGGGUCCUCGGCUUCCUCAUCCACCCCAACAUCCCCAUAACCUCACCCACCCUCAAGGUCGCCGACGUGGGCUGCGGCACCGGCAUCUGGCUGCUCGACGUCGCCAAGACCCUCCCGCCGACGUGCCAACUCGUCGGGUACGACAAGUCCGCCUCGGCCCUGCCGCCCGCGCAGGGCCUGCCGCCCAACGUGACCUUCCACGUCCACGACAUGCUCCACCCCUUCCCCGAGUCCGAGCUGGGCACCUACGACGUCGUGGCGGUGCGCUUCGUCAGCAGCGCCAGCACGCGGGCCGAGUGGGCGCGCGCGGCCCGCAACCUGGCCACGCUGCUGCGGCCCGGCGGCUGGCUGCAGUGGAUCGACUCGUGCAACUUCUCGCUCUACUGCUCCUCGCCGGGGACGCCGCGCGCCGCGUGCGCCGAGAUCUACGCCGGCCUGGCGCCGUUCCGCGCGAGCGACGACCUCGUCAUCGGCCUCUUCAUGCGCGAGCCGCCGGCCAUCGACGGCGGUGGCGUCGGGAGGGAGGAGGUGCUGCGCGGGCUGGGGCUGGCCGACGUGCAAGAGGACGUCUUCUCGACCGACAGGCUGCGGGACGGCGGGCUCGACCUCAGAGCCAGGUCGACCAGGAACAUCAUGGACUGCUUCGUCAGCUGCCUCGAGGAGCUGGUCGGGGUGGAGGGCAGCGGCUGGGACAAGGAGAGGAUCGCGAGGCUGAGGACGGAGGUAUGGAGGGAGAUUGAUGCGGGGGUCUAUCACACGCUCGACCACGUCUGCCUCGUGGGGAGGAAGGCUGGGUGAGGCUUCACGGUAAGCGUCCAUGUGGGGAAUCAACCAGUUGCACCUGCUCUCCCUCGUGCCAUCUAUCCUCUUAUUUUCUUCUACGGUCGGUGCCUUUUGCCACUGUCGUUUGGUCUUGGUUGACUUCCGGGGGUUGAGUUGCCUUUUAGGAGGAGUUUUGCCUGGAUUGAUGGAAGAGCUCUGGCUCUAAGCCUGCUAGAAUAAAAUCUGAACGAGUUAUUUGAAUUAGCUACAUUUUCAUCCCUUGAUUCUUGCACAAGAACAGUCAUGUCAAGUCACCUACGCCCCCAUCUCCAUAGCCCAAGCUUACAAGCCCUUGACUGCCCUCAGUCCCUUCCCCUGUAGGGGCCACGCCCACCACAAAAAAAGAUGGCAGU